UCAGUUCACACUGUACGCUCGGCGCGAAAGGCACGGCUGGUAUGUGGUAGCGCGGACACAAGUGACAGAGAUUGCACGCGUGUGCGUACGCGUGAGUGACUUUCGUCUCGUUUCCUUUUUUUUCUUUCUUUUUUUUUAUGAUCCAGAAAACGCGACGAGAGAACGGUCCAACGGAGUCGAACGAUGUCGUGGGAUUGAUUCGACGAACCAACCAUCAGCCGGUGCGCUCCUUGGUGGAUUCUAGUGAAUUAACCAUCCUGUUCCCUUCCUAUUUCUCCUUUCUUCUUCUCUUUUCUUUAUGGUUUAUUCAUCCAGACAUCCAGACACGCACCGUAGGAGACACUUGAUAUUUCCCAAUUGGCAAAGUUUUGGAAAGUACCUUCGAAAACACUUUGUAACAAUACCAAAGAAUACUAAAUAGCAUGCCAAAUCAGGGCAGAAUAUCAAGUCGCAUCUUCCUAUUGUGUGUUUUCCUGACCAGCUCAACAUGGAUUGUUGUCGGAAAUCCCAUUUGGUACAGGACGAAACGGGAAGCGGAGGUAGCUUCGACCAACUGGACGGCACUUGCCGACGAAUGGAUCGUGGCGAAGGCCAGGGCCGCCGAAAAGAUGGACAUCGCUCUGCUGCCGUUCAACGAGAGAUUCCGGGAACUACCGCCUACGGCGGAGACCUUCGUCGUUAACGGUACGAGCCUGGAGCAAUUGGAACGGUUAAAUUACUCGCGGAUGCUGUGGGACAUGGAAACGGUCCAGCCGAGCGGACAUCUAUCCGGAUUUGUGGAUAAGGCUCUGAAGCUGCUGGACCUGAGGCAAGUGAUGAUGGAGGUUGAAACAUCCGUGAUGUCCAAAGUCUCUUGCACCGCCUGCAAAGUCGGCGCCGGACUACUGCAGCACUACAUCAAGACCGGCAAGAGCGACGAGGAGAUCAUGGCGAGCAUCUAUCAGUUCUGCGUGUCGCUCAACAUACAGAGCCCCCGAGUCUGUCAUGGGGUGACAAUGCUGUUCGGGGGGGAGGUGAUUUAUGUGCUGAAGCAAGUGAACAUGGGCCCAGCGCAGAUCUGCAGCUUCGUGAUCGGCGAUGCGUGCGACGACGCGUUCAACCCAUUGCACGAAUGGGAGGUGGCCUUCCCACCGGUCAAGAAACCGUCGAUCAAGCCGCCGAUCCCACCGCAGGAAGGCGCGCCGACGUUCAAGGUCCUGCAUAUUUCCGACACGCACUACGAUCCGUACUACCAGGAGGGUGCGAAUGCCGAGUGCAACGAGCCGCUCUGCUGCAGACUGACGAAUGGUGCCCCGUUGACCGCCUCGGCGGCCGCCGGACGAUGGGGCGACUACAGAAAAUGCGACACGCCCAAGAGAACGAUCGACCAUAUGCUCAAGCACAUCGCCGACACACAUUCGGACAUCGAUUACAUUUUGUGGACGGGAGAUCUACCGCCCCACGAUGUGUGGAACCAAACGCGAGAAGAGAAUCUAAAAGUCCUGCGUGACACGGUCGCGCAGAUGGUAGCGACGUUUCCAGGAAUACCGAUUUUUCCGGCUUUGGGAAAUCACGAGAGUGCACCGGUCAACAGUUUCCCACCGCCUUUUGUGCCUGAAGAGAACAGUAUCUCGUGGCUGUACAACGAGCUCGAUAAACACUGGCGACUUUGGCUGCCGGCCGGUGUGUCCCAUACCGUGCGUCGCGGCGCUUUCUAUUCGGUCUUGGUUCGUCCGGGCUUCAGAAUAUUGUCCGUAAAUAUGAACUACUGCAACAACAAGAACUGGUGGCUACUCAUCAACAGCACGGAUCCGGUCAGCGAGUUGCAGUGGCUCGUGUACGAGCUGCAAGGCGCGGAGAUUAACGGCGAGAAGGUGCACAUAAUCGGCCACAUACCGCCAGGCCAUUCGGAUUGUCUCAAGGUGUGGUCGAGAAAUUAUUAUCACAUAAUCAACCGGUAUGAAUCAACUAUCACGGCGCAAUUCUUCGGGCACACGCAUUACGACGAGUUCCAGAUAUUCUAUGAUACAUCAGACCUUGGUAGAGCGCUCAGCAUCGCCUACAUCGGUCCUUCGGUCUCGCCGUAUUAUGAUCUCAAUCCCGGCUACAGGAUAUAUUACGUCGAUGGAGACCACGCCAAGACUACAAGAAUGGUAGUCGAUCACGAGAGCUGGGUCAUGAAUCUAAAGGAGGCGAAUCUUUAUGAUUACCCGAUCUGGCAUAAGCUGUACAGCGUGCGGCAAGCCUACCAAAUGGCAUCGCUUCUGCCGAAGGACUGGGACUCGCUGAUCGACAAGAUGACUAACGAGCCGGCCCUCUUUGAUCUCUAUUACAAACAUUAUUACAAAAACUCCCCGGUGCGACCGGCGUGCAAUGACGAGUGUCGCAAGAGAUUGCUCUGCGAUCUGCGCAGCGGAAGAAGCCACGACCGUAAGGCGCUGUGCCAGAGCCUGGAAGCGAGGAUUGACGAUGAAACGAGGACGGGUUGGCGUGCGUGGAUCUACAAGGGACUCGCACUAUCAAUGUCCGUGGUUAUGGCCAUCCCCAGAUUCGCGUACAAUUUACCAAAGUACGUCUUAGGAUUGGGUUAGAACAAGAGAACGAACGCCAAGUGCAAAUGUACGACUAAACUUGUGAUGUUAAAUUAUUAAAAAUACUCACGAUGUCGUCGUCGCGUUCAAAACUCGAACGUCGGCGACGUUAACCGAUCGACAAUUAUAUCCGUCGAAAUUGAACAUCGCGUUCGACAUGCAAUCGUUUUGCAAGAUCUAUCACACUAACCCGUCGAAGAUACUCUAGAAGAAAACAAAUAAAAACAGAUUUUUACGUUUUUACGAAGAAAAAUGACGAAUUAAAUGAACUUAAAAUUAAUCUAUUCAGUAGAACUGAUUUUUCCAAUUCUUAAAACCGUGCGUCAAUAUGUUUUAAAAUUGUUGUACGUAAUAAAAUUUCAAUGCCGCAUCCUAAUUUUGAAAACCGGACAUCACAACUUUAUGAAAUUUUUGUGAUUUACGAAGUAAUAUAGGAUAUAAGAGCC